AUUUUUGGUGUUUAGAAAAUAUUAAUUGAAUUUUUUUAAAACUAUUUUAUAUUUUGUCAGUUAAUAGAAACAGACCAAGAAAUUAAUUCUUUUACAUUGCUUCCUUGUAUCAGAAUAAGAUAUUCAAGUAAACCACAAAGACGCUUUUCUUCAUACAGAGUAUAAUCAACAUCAAUGUGCGAGGGCUGCCAAUUCACAGCCACCAACUAUUAGAAAAGGAUGAGGUAUUUGUUCAAACUCCGACCCUUAAAUUCAAUUUGUGUCUCCAAGUUUCAAACUUUUGGUCUUUCAUCUCUCUCUAAAGCAUCUAAACUUCACAAUUCCAAGAAAAGUGGAGAAACACACCAGAAAAACCAGACAGAAACCCAAAACUUCGAUUCACUAUUCCAUGACAUCACUGAGAUUUUAGGGGCUGGAAACCUUAUGCUGGAUGACAGAUCAUCUGCGUUUUCAGUAUCUAAAGAAACCCAUUUAAAGGAUACCGAGGAAAAGGAAGAAUACCCAUGUUGCGUGCAACGUGUUUGUGAGAAUGCCAAGGAUAAUGUGGAGCUAGGGAAGGCCGAUGCAUUAGUUUUGGAAGCCACCCAGUUGAAAAAUAUGGGUGUAAGUGAUGUUAGUCCAAUAGUUCAUAAGGUUACAGAGAUUGUACGUGCAGAAGAUUCUGCAGUUUCCAUGGAGGUACGGUUAGGAAGUGCGGGUUUUGAGUUUGAUACUGAGAUUGUUGACAAAGUGUUGAAGAGGUGCUUUAAAGUGCCACAUUUAGCUUUGAAGUUCUUCAAUUGGGUGAAGCUCAACAAAGGGUUUUGUCUUACAACAGAAGCUUUCAAUACCAUGAUUUACAUUGCUGUGGAAGCAAAGGAUUUUGGGCUGGUUGAAGAAUUGGUAGAGGAGAUGGAAAAGAACUCGUGUGAGAAGGAUAUCAAGACAUGGACCAUUCUCAUAUCAUAUUUUGGAAAUGCAAAGUUAGUUGGAAAGGCCUUGUUAAUCUUUGAGAAGAUGCGGAGAUCUGGUUUUGAGCCUGAUGAGGUGACUUACAAACUGAUGAUCCGUUUACUUUGUACUGCUGAAAAGGCCGAAAUUGCAAUGGAGUUCUACAGGGAGAUGAUCCAUAAGAACAUGGGGCUCAAUAUGAGAUUGUAUAUAUUACUAUUGAGGUCCUUAGCAAAAUCAGGAGAUAUUGCCUCAGUUCAAUUUGUUGCAAAUCAGAUGAUAGAGGUUUUUAAGAUUCCGGAACAUGAUGUAUAUGCUUCUGUCUUGAAGAGCUUUUGCAUUGCUGGGAGAAUUAGAGAAGCCUUAGAACUGAUUCGCUACCUGAACGAUAAAAAUAUAAUCCUUGACCCUGGAAAUUUCGAAACAUUGGUGAAAGGACUGUGUAGGGCUGACAGGAUUGCUGAUGCUCUGGAAAUUAUUGAUGUCAUGAAGAAAAAGACUGCUGUUGAUGGGAAUAUAUAUCGAAUUGUUAUUAAUGGCUACUUGCGGAGAAAUGAUAUUGAUAAGGCAUUUGAUAUGUUUCAAAGCAUAAAAGAAUCUGGGCAAUUACCUGCAACUUCCACUUAUACUGAGCUGAUGCAACAUCUUUUCAGGUUGAAUGAGUACCAAAAAGCCUGCAAGCUAUAUGACGAGAUGCUGGAGAAAGGAGUUAAGCUAGAUAGCGUGGCUAUUACUGCUAUGGUUGCUGGUCAUAUUUGCCAAAACUGUAUUCCUGAAGCUUGGGAAGUGUUCAACAGUAUGGAGGAAAAAGGCAUCAAGGUGACGCGGAAAUCUUAUUCCAUAUUCAUCAAGGAGCUUUGUAAAAUUUCAAGGACGGACGAGAUUUUCAAGGUUUUGGAUAAAAUGCUGGCCUCCAAAAUAACUAUUGGAGAAAAUAUUUUCCAUUUAAUUAAAUCUUAUUUUGAGAAAAAAGGAGAAAUGGAGAUGAUAGACAAAGUAAAGCAGAUGCGGAGAGCCUGUAAACAUAACCCACAAGAAGGUGAGGUUUUUAGAAAGGAUGUAUCAAUUGGAGGGGAAUUAAAUACAGAGUUGAGCUCUAACCGAAUAGAGCCAAGGAGGGUGGAUUUUCAGGUGGUGGAGCCGCUUUCAAAACCUUAUAGGAAGCAGGAUCUGGAAGAAAUUUGUAGAAUUUUGUCUUCAUCAAGGGGCUGGUGCUUAAUUCAGGAAGCAUUGGAGAAAUGCACCAUUCAGUUCACACCUGAACUUGUUGUGGAGAUUUUGCGAAAUUGCAGUCUGCAUGGUCAUUCUGCAUUAUGUUUUUUCUCAUGGUUAGGAGAGCAAGCUGGUUAUAGCCACACUACAGAAACUUAUAACAUGGCCAUCAAAAUAGCUGGACGCGGGAAGGAUUUUAAACACAUGAGAAGCCUGUUCUAUGAAAUGAGAAGAAAAGGUUGCUUAUAUACAUCAGACACAUGGACAAUCAUGAUAAUGCAAUAUGGUCGAAUAGGUAUGACAGAAAUUGCUCUGAGGAAUUUCAAAGAAAUGAAAGAUAGUGGUUGUAAACCAAAUAGCAGUACAUACAAAUGUUUGAUCAUCUCUCUUUGUGGUAGAAAAGGAAGGAAGGUAGAGGAAGGCAUUAAAAUGUUCCAGGAGAUGAUUCAAAUGGGUUGUAUUCCUGAUAAAGAAUUGGUUGAAACUUAUUUCGACUGUUUAUGUGAAGUUGGUAAGCUGUCGGAUGCUAGAAGGUGCACUGAAUCUCUUCGUAAAGUAGGUUUCACAAUUCCACUAAGUUAUUCCUUGUACAUUAGAGCUCUUUGUCGUGCAGGGAGAUUGGAAGAAGCUUUAUCAUUGUUAGACGAGGUUGGGCCAGAACGAUCUUCCGUGGAACGGUACGUUUCUGGAAGCCUUGUUCACGGACUGCUAAAAAAGGGGCGGUUGGAAGAGGCUUUGGCUAAGGUGGAAUCUAUGAAGCAGGUAGGCAUCUCUCCAACAGUGCAUGUCUAUACAUCCAUAAUAGGUCAUUUUUUGAAGGAGAAACAAGUAAGCAAGGCUCUGGAAAUUUUUGAGAAAAUGAAAGGGGAGGGUUGCAAACCAACAAUUGUUACUUAUUCAGUAUUGAUAUGUGGGUAUGUGAUCCUUGGGAAGAUUGUUGAUGCUUGGAAUGUUUUCCAGCACAUAAAACUUAAGGGACCAGUUCCUGAUUUUAAGACUUACUCCAUGUUCAUUUCAUGUCUAAGUGGGGUUGGUAAGUCUGAAGAAGCACUGCAACUUAUUUCUGAAAUGUUGGACAGUGGUAUUAUUCCUAGUAGUGUUAAUUUUCAAACUGUUUUUUAUGGGCUAAACAGAGAAGGCAAGCAAGAUUUAGCUCAUACUGUGUUACAAAAAAAGUGGGCUCUUGCAAGUAGAAGGAAGUUUUCGACCUGAGUUUUGUCCAUAUUAUUGGUAUUAGUUUUGUAUCAUUUGUCUCAUGUAAAUUAUCAGAGUUUUCUUCCCUAUUAUCAUGAAUGAGGUUCAUGCUUGUGAUGGCAAUUGAUUUGAUAAUAAUAGUAUGGUUUCUGCUAAAAA